ACCCACAAACACGAGCUUGUGGUACAUUCCACGUUGUGACGUUUCCGUCCGUGUCUUCCGUGAAUGUGCACGUGAAGCAGUUGACAUUGCCACACGCUCAGUGAUCAAUGUGGGUUUUGUGAUUAUAAAGUCCUCAAAUCCAAAAAUCAUCGGUCAUGGCUUCAUCCUGUGCUCAGCUGUGUGUGAGAUGCAGAACUCUUUGUCAGAAGUCACUAACUGUUACCAGGCAGGCUUCAGUUCAGUUUGGGCAUAGCUUUACAGUCAUUUGGACAUACAACAGAGUUGGAAAUGCAUGCUUACCCAUCAGGGGGAAUCACACAGCAGCGGAGGCCAGAAAGAGGUGGAAACAUCAGAUGUCCUCUCAUACUGAGUUAACUCUAGAUCAUUUUUCAACUGAUGCUACGGAAGAGAAGCACAAAGAGUGCCUGGUGCCAAUCAGCGAUAAUGUCCCUGAGACUCAAAGUGAGUUAUUAGAUGCUGCUGCUGAAUUUUCAGCAUUAGAGGAGAUCAGUGAUGAAGAGGCUCUCAGCAUGUGUGUCCCUUCAGCUGUGCCUCCAGCUUCAUUUUCACUUAGAGAUUAUGUUGACAAGUCUGUGAUGCUCAGGAAGCUAGUGCAAUUAGGUGUUAACUUGUGGAAGCUGGAACAAAAGCCCAAUGUGGGCACCAUGCUGCUGAGGCUUGACUUUGACACAGAUGUGGCCCCAAAGCUACUGUUUCUUAAAGAGCUUGGGGUGGAGGACUCUCGGUUUGGCUACAUUAUAACAACCAACCCCUACAUUCUUACUGAAAGUUUGGAAAACCUGCAGACCAGGGUGAACUAUCUCAAGUCAAAGAAGUUCAGCUCUGAGACCGUGGCAUCAAUGGUGUCCAGAGCUCCGUAUCUGCUUAACUUCAGUGUGAAGAGACUGGACAACAGACUGGGAUUUUAUCAGCAGCAGCUUAACACCAGUGCUUCAAAUACCCGGAACAUUGUAGCUCGUCUACCCAGAUUGCUGUGUGGCAGCUUAGAGCCUGUUAAAGAAAAUCUAAAGGUGUGUCAAAUAGAGCUUGGCUUUAAGCAAAAUGAGAUCCAGCACAUUGUUUUUGCUGUACCUAAAGUGCUGACCGCUAAUAAAGGGAAGUUAACCCAAAUAUUUGACUUCCUCCACAACAACAUGAAGGUCCCUCACCACCUGAUUGCCAAAUUCCCACAGGUCCUGAACUCUAAAUACUUGCGCAUCAGAGAGCGCCACCUGUUCCUUGAGUACCUUGGAAGAGCCCAGUAUGAUCCAGCCCUUCCUAACUACAUCUCUUUGGACCGCCUGGUGUCUCUGCCAGAUGAGCCAUUUUGCACAGAGCUGGCUUCAGCCACGCUUGAAGAUUAUUAUUUGUUCCAAAAGACACUAUGAAUGUUAUUACGGGGGAAUUAAAAAGGACAACAGAAAACGAAAUGUAUAUUGUUGUAAAUGUAAUGUUUAAUAAAUGUAAAUAAUAUGUAUCAGUCAGUAACUAC